CCUCCCUCCCUCUCUCUCAACAUUGCUAUUUCUCCCUUUUCUUCUAGCUUAUAAAUGAUCAAUGUUGGUCACCAGAAUUUAAAUUUAAUCACAAGUUCACAAUAUGAAAAUGGGUAAGCUUCCUUCCAUGCUGAGCUUGGUUUGCUUGCUCCUUUGCAUGAAUAUCAUCAACCGAUCAUCCUUCGCUCGAAGCCUUGGCAGUUCAAGUCCUGGCCAACACCACCACCACAACCACCACAAGAAAAUAACUUUCCUAAUGCAAAAUGUGUUGAAUGUGACACAACCCUUACCAAAGCCUGCAACAACUAAAGUUACCAGCCAGAUACCAUUUCCAAAACCUCUAGGCUAUUUUCCUCCGAGUGGAGGCAUCCCUUUACAGCAACCCAACCCAUCAGUUUCCGGUACCGGGUUGUCAACACAAACACUUGACGGUUCUAACAUUGGCCUAUCAUUUCCGGCUAGAGCUACCUUGCAAGAGUUGGAAUUUGGAAGUGUAACAGAAAUUGAUGAGGACUUAUUUGUUUAUGGUUCAUUAGUGGUUGGAAAAGCACAAGGGGUAUACGUUGCUAGCUCAGAAGAUGGAACUAGCCACAUGAUGGCAAUGACAGUAAAGUUUGUGAAGAAUAAGUACAACGAUGAGUUGAGAUUUUUUGGUGUACACAAGACAGACGUGCCUGAGUCUCAUAUUGCAGUCAUUGGUGGCACUGGGAAGUAUCAUAGUGCCAAUGGCUAUGCUGUGAUCAAGGCGGUUGGUGUUGGUUCUAAGAGUACUGCAGGGGAAGAAAACAGAACAAAAGGAAAUAUUUUAUUCAAUGUUUAUCUAAGCUAGUAAAACUCUUACAGAUUUGUACUAUCAUAUAUGAUUUAUUUUUUUGUCAGAAGUGAUAUAAGUCAAAAUAAUGUUACAAGGAAAUCAUGAUCCCCACUUA